ACGUACCUCUAGAGGUGCAAAUAGGAAUGCUUAACUCUGCUGAUGGGGUCCUCCGAGCCAUAUAUAUCUUCCUCUGAUACUCUGCAGAACUUUUUUAUCCACCACUAACGUCCGUCUUCAACAUCUCGGCUCGAGUCGGGUACACGUGCCAUGAUUACAGAUACUUACCCCCCACUUUUCCAGCCCAAUUCAACUGUGUCGCCAACCGCUGCAUCCUGGCACGCAGAUCCUGCUGUACGUGGAACCUGGGGCAUCAUCUCGACGUGCCUCGCGACGCUCGUCAUAUGCGCCUGGAACGCCGUUCACAUCGACAUCCCCAUCCGGUCGCGGAGUUGGGAGUUGUCAACAAGUUGCCCUGGCUCGUCGUCGGGCUGCUUGCGCCUGACUUCCUGCUAUACGUCGCAUGCUGCCAACUGUACCGUGCAAGGCAGAUUUCUGCUGCUGAAUCCGAGUGUCUGAUGAGCUCCAAGUCACACAUCAGACGACGAACAUAUUCUCGCGAGUCUAUCCGCAGGAUCGGAUUAUGGCUAUCAAGGCUGCCGGUAAGUUCUGCU